CGUUUACAGAAAAGUAGAGACUAUAGAUUGAAAUUUGAAAACCACGACAAGCGGUUGGUUAUACACUUGUACAGUUCUACUUCAACCCAAUCCACCAAACUCACCAAGUCUCUCAGAUCUGCCCAUCUCCUCCUCCUACUAUGUUAAAAUAUCUAAUCUGAAGCCUCUGAAGGAGAGAGCCCAUUCGUAAUUCAUAUUCAUUGCCCAGGAGGGGAACUCGUUUUCAUUUUUUGAUUCACCGAGACAGAGGAGGAAAUCGAGAUCCGAAGAGAGAGAAGGAGAAAGAUGUGUUGUUGUUGCGGGGGUAAGAUGUGCAGACUGUGUACGUGUUUGAUCUUGGUGGUGAUAUUGAUCGGGCUGAUCUUCGGGUUUGGAGUGUUCAAGCAUGGAUUUCAGAAGUUGAAGAAUACGUUGCACGAUGACUACAUUUAUCCAGGAAGCGUUGGAGUUGGAAGGACCAAUGGCGCCGUAUUCUCUCCCUCGGGAAGACCAUUCUUGGGCUAUGGAGCCCCUCCCGUGCCACUCUAGGGUUUCUCCUUGUCUUCUUUUUCUUAUUAUUCUUAUUAGCGUCAUGAUUUUUCCCCUAUUUGGAUGGAUUCUGAGAAUGCGUGAAGACUGUUGGAAUUUCUUUGACAUGCUAGCUUUUGUUAUUAGAAUAUGAGAUUUCUAGGGUUAUUUUCUGCAUACCCUUGAUUUUAUCAUAUGUAGUGGAAUGGACCUGCCAUUUUCUAGGGUUAUUAA